UAGACCAGUCGCAGCCAUUUUACUCCGCGAAAUAAACUUCAAUCUCAUAGCUAGAGGGGGGAAAAAAAUAAACACAGAAGACAGCUCCACUGACAUUAAUGGACAUCUCUUUGUGAACCAGAGCUCGGGCUGAUUCGGGUUCCCAGUCUUCGUAAUUCGGUUUGACUCCAUGGCUUAGAGUGACUCUGGACUGCAACUAGCCUGGACAUCUGUUUCCUAUUUCCCUUGCCGUCCUCUGCUACUACAGGUAGCAGUGAGACAUAUCCAAAGGGACAGUGACCCAUACCCCUAUCGCUUGCCUGGGACCCUCCGCAAUCGCCUCCAGAGGCAGGAUGGAGCCCCAGGCCUCUCAGGGGCAGCUAGGCGCAGAGGGGGGCUGUGGGAUGUUGAGUCUGCUGUUGCCCAGUCCCCAGAGCGAGGCGGUGACCCAUGAGAUGGAGGAGUUAUCGCUGCAGCCCACACAGAGUCUGCCUCCACUCAAUGAACGCAAAAAUGUCCUGCAGUUGAGGCUUCAGCAAAGGCGAACUCGGGAGCAGCUGGUGGAGCAGGGCAUCAUGCCACCUCUGAAGAGCCCGGCGGCUUUCCAUGGGCAGAUUCGCAGUUUGGAGAGAGCCAGGACUGAGAAUUUUCUCAAGCACAAGAUCCGCAGUCGUCCAGAGAGAGCAGAGCUGGUCAGGAUGCACAUCCUGCAAGAGACUGGAGCGGAACCAUCACUACAGGCCACCCAGAUGAGACUGAAGAGGGCGCGACUGGCCGACAAUCUAAACGAGAAGAUCGCCCAGAGACCCGGUCCCAUGGAGCUGGUGGAGAAGAACAUCCUGCCGGUGGAUUCCACCCUUAAACAGGCAAUAAUCGUGGGCCAGGUGAACUAUCCUAAGGUCUUGGAUGAAGACAGCUACGAUGCCCUGUCCCCAGAGCAGCCGGCCAGCCAGGAGUCCCAGAGUUCUGUCCCCUCUCCAGCAGAGAGCAAAGUGCCAGAGACACCCUCUCCAGCCCCAGCACCACCAGCACUACCCAGCCCCCUGCUGCAGGCAUUCCCAGUUGUUACACAAGCAACAACAGACUUUGUGAAAGUGAUCUCUACCAAUGAGCCGCCUACCAGCCGCCCAGCUGUCACUCCUGCACAGCCAGUCACCACAGCUGCUCCUUCCAAACCAGGCCCAACUCUGAUAAAACAAAGCCAGCAGAAGACGCCCUCAGAGAAGAGCCGCAGUAAGAAGGGCAAAGAGCCCAGACCCAGGGUGAAAAAGCUCAAGUACCACCAGUAUGUUCCCCCAGACCAGAAGCAGGAGGCCAGUGAAGCACCCAUGGACUCCUCUUAUGCCCGACUACUGCAGCAGCAGCAGCUGUUCCUCCAGCUGCAGAUCCUCAGCCAGCAACAACAGCACUACAACUACCAGACUAUAUUACCAGCACCACUCAAACCUGUGGCAGAGGGUCAGAGCAGCAGCACCAGCAGCCUGCCAACCUCCAUCAUGGUGUCUUUGCCCACUGCACCUCCACCUCCCACCGUGGCUCCUGCUCGCUCAAACAACUCGCUCUCUAACCGCAAGCCAGGAGUCUUGCCUGCAAACCUGGAGGAGAUGAAGGUGGCUGAGCUAAAACUGGAGUUAAAGCUGCGUGGCCUCCCUGUGUCAGGAACAAAGACUGAUCUGAUAGAAAGACUGAAGCCUUUCCAGGACAAUCCUAGCACCUCUGCUCCUAACACCGCUCCCGCUCCUGCCACCACCAUCGUCUCCUCCGUCCCCAUGGAGGUCAACAGCACCACUACCACCCCUGCUUUAGUCUUCCCAGUCCAGCAGGUGGCUGCAGAGAGCAUGAACCCCACACCGCCGGUCUCACCCAAUCCCACCGAUCCCUCCACCCACCACCAGGAUGUAGGCAUGUCUGAGACUCCUGAAACACAAACGGUAAGCUCUGGCUGGGCGGGUCAAAGGUCCUCGCCUCUCCUGUCUUUCCAAGUCCCAGAGGAAAAGGACAGGAGGCUCCAUGAGAAGGAGCGACAGAUCGAAGAGUUGAUGAGGAAGCUGGAGCAGGAGCAGAGGCUGGUGGAGGUGCUGAAGAUGCAGCUGGAGGUGGAGAAGAGGGCCAGCACUUCCGACUCUGCCACUGUGUCUCCCAAACUCACCUCUGUACCUGCCAUGAACCCUGUUCCCACUGUCCUGAGCUCAAAUGUAGUAAAAAUGGAGGGUACAGUCCUGUCUAACUGCUCAUCCACUACAGCUACAAUCCCUAACUCUAUCCUGGGCUCUCAGACUCUCUCCCCCCUGCCAACUAUGGUCAAGUUGGAGGAUGUGACUGUUUCCUCUGGCAAGCCGCUCCAGCUCCAGGCCCAAACCCAGCUCAUCACCCAGAUCCAGCCCCAAGCCCAGUCCCAAGUAACCACCAGCCCGCAGCUACUCUCUCAGUCACAGAGAAGUCCCAAACUCCAGACCCAACCCCAGUCCCAACCCGCAGCCCCCAGCCUGCAGCAGUUCUUCAUCAGCCACACAGGUGGGGUGUCCCAGGUGCUGGGUCAGCCUCAGACCUUGUUAACCACAACUGGCCAGGCUGGAACUCAAAUCCUCCUCCCAGUCUCACUACCAAACAACGCCACUGCAAUCCAGCUGCCAAGCACCACUGUGAGCCUGCAGCCUGUUCUUCAGGCCACCGUCUCAAAUCCAGGCCUGGUGCAGGGCUCAGUUCCUCAGCUGCCAACCACUAAGAUGGAGACAGCACCCAGUCAGCAGUUAGCCAACCACAACCAGUUGCUACAGACUUUAACUAUGUGCAAUAACGCCACUGGUUUGGAGAACCAGACUGGACCUGAGAUGAAUCCCCAGUGUUUCCUGAGAAGCUCCCCAGAGAACAGGGUCUCUCCCCGGGCUUCACCCAACCACAUCUCCAAUGGACCCUUCAAUAAGUCUUCUUCUCCCCAGCCUACCUUCAUCCUUCAGUCCACCUCCCUUAUUACUCAACCUCCCAAGACAAGAGAGCCUCCCCGCUACGAGGAGGCCGUCAAACAGAGCCGCAACUUGCACGCAAACCAUGUUUCACAGGUUCCCACGGCAACCAGCCAGCAAAUGGAUGACUUGUUCGACAUUCUCAUAGAAAGUGGAGAAAUCACUCCAUUUAUCCAGCAAGACCCUUCAGUGUCUGUCACAAAGACAGUCCCAGUCACAGCAAACAUCACCACCCUACCAGUCAACACUGCCCUCUCCAGGCCACCUCCACAGAUCCAGUUGGCCCCUCCGCCAACCCUGAGCCCCAUCAUCGGCCAUAGCCUGCCCACCCUCUCCUCGCUGGCCACAGACAAUCAACUGGAGGCCUUUCUGGAGGGCACGCUGGCCGAUACGACGACAGCGACAGACCCGCGCACACGGGGCUUGAUGGAGGAGUUGCAGGCCCAGCUGAUGGACCAGCAACCCUACUCACCCAUGGACACAUCAGACCUGUCCUUCUGUGAUUCCUCCUCGCCUCCCUCCUCGCUCAACAUGGGCCUGUCUGACCCGGGCCUGGACAAUAUGGAGUGGCUGGACCUCACCAUGCCUCCUGGUCCCGCCGGGGCACUCACACCUCUGGGGAUCCCAACGGACUUCCUGGAUACACACGACCUGCAGCUGCACUGGGACUGACGGAGGGAUGGAUGAAAGAAAAAGAAAGAUUAAGUGAAGGGAGCUGAGCCAGGAGCGAGAGAUGGAUGGAUGGAUGGAUGGAUGAAGAGAAGAGAAGUAGAAAGGGGCCGACAGACGGAGGAGUUUCAACAUAUUAAAUAAGGAAGCAAAAGGAGGAGAAUACAUGGUACUUCUGUGCCAUAUCACUCUUUCCAGUACAUCCAUACCAUCUGUAAUAUUCCCACUAUACUACAGUAAGAAACGCUGUACAGGCAGUGCACUGAUUCAAGCUGAACUACGAGCAGGCGUUUGAACAGCUUUAAAAGAAGGUCUGUUGUGGCUGAACCAGAGCCAGAAUAAGGUCAUCACCAAGGUGAUCGUGGUCACCCGUAGUAUUAGUGAUAAAGGGGUUUUAAACAGAGUAGACUUUCUCGGUGUCUGAUGUCAUGGUUUUAAUGAUCACUUACAGAGACGAGGAGACAGCCAAAUGAAUACUGGUAGCACAGACUGUUUGUAAAUACUCUUUAAACCACCCUAAUACAACUUUACUUUCUCUGGGACAGAGAGCCUGAAUAGUAUUGAUGAUAGUGAAAUUGACCGUUGUUGUUUAGACUGGAGGUUUGGCUGGUUGGCUUCCAGUGAACACUGCAUCGAUUUUACUGUGCAAACACAGUAGCUAAUGUUAAAUGGUUCAUAAAUACUUUUGCAUGUGGUCUGAUGUUCCACUGAAGUAUACUGUGCCAUACCAGGUUAUAAAAGCUGGUUGUUACCACGCAUUAACUAUGUCACUAUAAAGGCAGUCACGGUUAGCGGACGACAAAUGAAAUCUAGUUGUAAUCAUGAAAUUUAUCAGCUUCAAUAAAAAUGCAUCAGAGGCUUGUCCUGGGACAUGGGUUUGUCCUGAUGUCAGCACAGCCUCAGAUACUCACCUGGGAAAGAGUCAGUCAGUCUAAGUGCUUUGACGGGAAGCUAGGCGUGCUCCGUCAGUCCCCGAGCCACGUCUUUAAAGGGAUUCCCUAGUUGAGAGGAGGUCAAGCCUCUGUUCACACUGGUCUAGUCUACCACAUACUGUAGAUUACAUGUUUGCUGACUAAUCUGAUACGUUGCAUCAGAGGCAACUGUUUCCUUCUAAAAGACCCCUGCGGUCAAGCUGAUGAACCAUUGACUCUAAAGAACAAAGACUCCACUUAGAGUUGGACGACGAGAGGAGCAUGCUCCUCCACCUACGUGAGAGCUAUGCACUAAAGAGCCGGGGAGACUCGGCGACGCGCCUCAUCCGCCUCAGAACAAGGAAAUGUGAACUUUGCAUAUCCGAGGCGACCGUUAAUAUGAAGUGAUCAAUAUGGCUGGUGAUCGGCGUAAAGAUCCUGUGGCCAAAUGCGCCAGAGAUACUGCAGUUGUUGUCCAAGUAUCUUCUUUUGAAUGUAAUUUUGAAAAGAUCGAAAACAAAUAGGACUAAACUCACAAAGUUGGCAGCUUUUUUUCUCGUGAUAGUAAACUGGCGUAAAACAGUGGAAAGGGAACAAAUAUCAGUUUAUGACACACGCAGACACACACUUAUGUAGGCGUCAACGUUGUGUGUGCUGCAGGUUAUGUCAAGGAGUAAAGAUGUCUUUGGAGAUGAGCUUUAUAUCUAGCUGUCCUACAGUAUCUCUGCACUUAGUCUCUGUGUGUGUGUGUGUGUGUGUGUGUGUGUGUGUGUGUGUGUGUGUGUGUGUGUGUGUGUGUGUGUGUGUGUGUGUGUGUGUGUGUGUGUGUGUGUUUAUGUUUAUGUGUGUGUCUGUGUGUGUCUGUCAAGGUGAGAAAUUACUGCAUCACUAGCCAACAAACAUGCUAGUUAAUAAUUCCCUGUAGCUGAUAUGUUAGUCUGCUUUAACAGCCUCUAAAGUAAUAUUUGGCUGGUGAAACAGUCUAACUUGUGAUCGGCUGCUGUGACCUGCGGACAAAGUUGGUUUCCUCACCGAGUUGUGUGUGUGUGUGUGUGUGUGUGUGUGUGUGUGUAAGAGAGGCAAGAAAGCAUGUUGAUCUGUGUGUGUGGAUUUGUCUUCCUGUCUCUUGCAUGUACACCCUGUGUCCCUGUGUGCAUGAUUGUAUUCACGUUUAAUCUCGGGCAGUUUCGAGCUCUUUCUCAGACGUCGCCCGCAAGUUGUGUGAAGAAAUUUGCUAAUAUCUAUAAAAAAAAAAUCAUUUGCUAUCCAGUCGACAUAUUCAAAGGCUUCUGAUGACUGUUUACUGUUUUUAUCUGUAUUGUUCAGUUGGUGUCCUACAGUCAAAAACGCACACACACCUCUGAGGUGUGAUACGCAGUGGGGCGUCGGCACAGAGGGCUUAUCUGCUUUUAAAGCCGUCAUAAAUUCUAGAUGUUUAUUUUUAAUGGAUUGCAUCAUUUCCCACUCAGUGUUUUUUUUUCUGAUCUAAAUAUUGAGUUACUGAUUCAGUACCUCAGUUUAAAGAUUCUUAUGGGAUAGAUACAGUCUUACUGUAUGGCACUUUGAAAUUUUUUAAAUCAGUCAUGUCCAGUGAAAUCUCCUUUCGAGAACAUUUUAACCACUUUAUUCUGUCAUUACGUCCAUGGGCACUAGAGGGCGUUGCCCCUCUUCUGUUGUGGCUUCACGGCACAUUUUGAGUGGCUGUUGGUACUUCAGGGUCAUUUCUAGCAGGAAAACAUUAAAUGGGGGCUGUGUUUUUUGGGGGGGAUUUUUUUGCAUUUAAAACAAAUCCUGUAUAAUGCUGAUUAGCUUUUCAUGUCAGCAAUAAUGUGGUGACCUGAGCAAAAACUGAUUGAGAGCCCUUUAUGUGAACACUGUCUUGUCAAAGAAGUGCGAUGCUCUUACUGCUGCACUCACACAUGUAUCAUCAGAUCAGGCCAAGACACGUGGAUGUGCCCAAAUCUAUUACGUUUGACCACCUUAAAAGAGUAUCGCCAAACACCUGCUUCCUGGGCUUUGUCGUAUUUCAGUUUUUGUUUUUCAUGUUAACCCACCUGUUUAAGGCCCAGUCAGAGAUGGCCUCAUUCUAUUGGUCACCUCUGGUUGGUGCACCUUUUGGUUGAGUUGCGUCAGGGGUGCGUAGACCCCAGUAUACCUGCUUGCGGGUCUAGUUGUAUUUCUGUUUUUUUCCCACAUUGUUGCAACCUACAUAAGAUGAACAGUUGAUUCAUGUGUAUCCUAGAUGAGAGAGUUAAUAGUGUUUUCUUUCUCCACUCUGUCAGCUUUAAGGCUAUCAAAUUAGAUAUUUUGUUGCCAAAAGGGCAGUGGAACAUAUUAUCACAUUUUGUUAAUGUUUCUCACGUUUUUUGUAUUUAUCACUUUUUUUUUUUUUUUUGCGUGGAAAGUAAAAGAAAAAAACAUUUAAUCUUGUUUUCAUGCUUAUGUACAAACAUUGUAAAAGAUUGAGUGUGUAUAUUUUUGGUUUGCAGAGUUUUGUUUUUAUUUCAUUUUAUUUACAUACAUUAUACACAAACCUCUUGACAAAUCUACACAUGUAUGUGAUUCAUACUUGAUGUGAACCAUUGUGGCUGCUGACUGGCCAGACAGGGACAGCUGAAAAGCAAUAAUGGCUGCUCUCCCUUGAUAUACUGUACUGUAUGUCAGAUCCUGCCUUGAUUUUAUUAAUGUAACAGAUUUUACUACAGAAUAAUACAGUUUAACAGUUCAAAAGCACUUGCAUCUGAGUGGUUGAACGGAGGUCUCUUGAUGAUAGAGGUCUGUGGAAGCACCAUCAGUCUGAAGAACACACUAAAGGUUUCUGGAACGUUCCUGUGAACUUCUUUACUUGCGUAGUUGGAGUUAACAGGCUUCGGCUCAGGCUUCCCCGUAUUGACUUCAGCUCUCCCACUUGUCCUCCUUCACCUGCGCCAUUCAUCAAGACACAGUUUCAUUAAAAUACAUGUACUUAGGAGACAUUAGUGGAAGCACAGAGGAGGUUUCUCCACCCUCAUCAACUGAUUUACAUCCUCCAUUGUAGCCGAGUCUCCUCUCCAUCUCCACCACCCAUGCCAUGCCUCUUGUUGUUUGUAUGCCAUAUGUUUUGCACAUUGUGUACAUAUUUAUAUAGAUGUAAUGCAUAUUUUUAUACAUGUGUAACAUCCAUGGGUUCUCUAUUUUGUAAAUACUCAAAAAGAUGUAUAUAAGUACUGUAUGCCUUUAUGUGUCAAUAAAAUUUGGUGUACUGUGAACAGA